CAUCUAGACCGCUGCAGUAGACUUCUUCCGAUCGCAUUACAAAAGAACCCAAAAAAACAAACAUUCUCUGUCAAUCGGAAAAGCGAGAGAGAUGUCUUCUCCUCCAUCGGAAAAAGACCCGGAACGAGCAACCGCUGUGGGAGACAGCGUCAACGGAGGCGCGGAAGAGAAGAAGGGCGAACGGGAGGAGUUCCUGCAGAACGUGGUGGUGAUGAGGCAUGGGGAUCGUAUCGACAACUGCGAGCCGAUGUGGAUAUCGACGGCUCCGAGGCCGUGGGACCCACCAUUGACGGAGGCGGGGAAGAUCAGGGCGUGGUGCACGGGAAAGAAGCUGAGGAGCAAGGAGCACAAGAUCGACAGGGUGCUGGUAUCGCCCUUCAUCAGAUGCAUCCAGACCGCGGCCGAGGUCGUCUCCGCCCUUUGCGCCGUGGACGAAGCCAGCCUCCUCAAGGAGACGAGCGCGAACGUUGUCCUCGAUCCUUCCAAGGUCAAGGUUUCGAUAGAAUAUGGGCUGUGUGAGAUGCUAAGCAGGGAAGCAAUACGUAUGGAUUUGAUCCCUAAAGAUGGAAACUGGAUUCUUGAGAUAUCUGAGCUCGAAGCAAUGCUACCAGCUGGAACACUGGAUCGCUCUGCAGAGCGUGUAUACCAAGAGAUGCCGCAGUGGGAGGAGCAGCACUCUGCCGCAAGGCACAGAUACAAAGAAGUUAUUAUGGCACUUGCAGAUAAAUAUCCACAUGAGAACUUGUUGCUUGUCUCACAUGGUGAAGGAGUUGGGGUUGCAGUCACUGCCAUCCUAAAGGACAUGGUUGUAUAUGAGGUAGAAUAUUGUGCCUAUGCACAUUCACAGAGACUAAUCACCUUCAUCCCUUCUGGAGGGUUUAAAGCUGAGGAUUUCAAAAUGCUAACAAAGAACGGGAAAACUGGUAUCUGCUUUUACUCCAGGGAGGAAGAUUAUUGAUUUGUAUGUGGCAGAUUUUCGAGGCUCUGCACCCUACAAAUGGCAUCUGUUAGAUGGGUCUCAGAACACCGUUGGCGAUGGGAGGCCCGAUUGUUUUCCAUUUGCUUGGAAUGUGUUUGUUAUCUAUUUUGCUUACAUACAGCCAACAGGAAAGGGCAAAGACCAAUUGAAAUUGUAGGUUCCAUUUCUUGUAACUGUAUUAAACAGUUCUAUGCAUUUCCGUUUAUGUGAAACUACAGGGUGUUGAGCUUGACUCACUAUUCCUUUUCUUUGCUUUUUUUCCUUUCUUCUUCUUCCUUUUGAACUCAAUUCACCAUUCUAUUAGAAGAACGACAGGUUUGAUUUUGGUUACUA